AUGGACACGGCAUACCCCCGCGAGGACCCUGGGGCCCCGACGCCCCGCAAGGCCGACGGCGCCGCGCACACGGCCCUCAGGCUGGAGGUGCCGCGCCCCGCGCCACCGCGCGACCACCUGAUCUGGUCUUUGUUCAGCACUCUCUACCUGAACCUGUGCUGCUUCGGCUUCCUGGCGCUGGCCCACUCCAUCAAGGCUCGAGACCAAAAGGUGGCUGGGGACCUGGAGGCAGCCCGGCGUCUGGGCUCCAGAGCCAAGUGUUACAACAUCCUGGCUGCCAUGUGGACACUGGUGCCACCGUUGCUGUUGCUGGCCCUGGUGGUGACCGGUGCCCUGCACCUGUCGCGGCUGGCAAAGGGCUCCACUGCCUUCUUCAGCACCAAGUUUGACGACAGUGCAGACUAUGACUGA